GUCAUUCUUGUCCAAAACGAAUUUCAUUUUUGGUUUUCUCAUUUUUCCAGUUUGGAUGUGAUGUGAUUUGUAUAAAUUUGUAUGUCGUUUUUCUUAACUAGGAUUUGUGAAUGAAAAAGGGAGGAUAAUCAUCAUGAGUCGCCCUAGAACUAAUCCUGGUCCAAUACCACCCAGGUGGCUACAUUGCCCCAGGAAGUCAGACAGCCUGAUAAUUGGAAAAUUCAUGGCACUCAAGACACCGCUAAGCUCAAAUUUUGAUGAACAGGUUCCGCCAGGAUGCAGGUUUCCGCCAAAAAUGAUAUUCGACUACUCUAAGUUUAAGAAGAUAAAGUUUGGCUUAUGGAUAGAUCUGACAAACACCACAAGAUUCUAUGAUAAAGAAGAAAUAGAAAGUUAUGGCUGCCAAUACAUAAAACUACAAUGCAGGGGCCAUGGAGAGACACCAUCUAAGGAACAGACAAGUUCAUUUAUUGAAAUUGUGCAUGACUUCAUAGCAAAUAACCCUUUAGAGUGCAUUGCUGUGCAUUGUACUCAUGGGUUUAAUAGAACUGGUUUCCUUAUUGUUUCUUAUUUGAUUGAGAAAAUGGAUUUCAGCCUGGAUGUUGCUAUAGAUAUCUUUGCUAAGGCCAGGCCUGUUGGAAUUUAUAAAGAAGAUUAUAUAGUAGAAUUAUAUAGAAGGUAUGAUGACGAGGAAGAUGCACCUCCUCCUCCAAAUUUGCCAGACUGGUGCUUAGAAAGUGAUGAUUCUCAAGACACAAAUGGUGUAGAUUAUGAUGAUCCUUCUGAGUUGACAGCAUCUACGUCAAAUUCAAAUAACAACACCACAAAACCAAGGAACAACAGGAAAAGAGGCACCGCUAAAUUUAUGGAAGGUGUCAGAGGUGUUGAAGUAUUUGAUGAACAACCUAAAGCACAUCAUUUGCAAAAGAAAGUACAGACCAUGUGCGAGUGGAAGGGUAAAGGAUUUCCUGGAUCUCAACCUGUAUCUAUGGAUAUGCAAAAUAUACGUCUUUUGCAUCAAAAGCCUUACAGGGUAUCAUGGAAAGCAGAUGGUAAUAGAUACAUGAUGUUGAUAGAUGGCAAAGAUGAAGUUUAUUUCUUUGACAGAGAUCACAAUGUAUUCAAAGUUAAAGGACUCAAGUUUGUCCAUAGGAAAGAUAUGCGCAGACAUCUAAAAGACACAUUAUUAGAUGGGGAAAUGGUGAUAGACAAAGUGAAUGGAGAGGAUAUACCUAGAUAUCUCGCCUAUGAUAUCAUUAAAUUUGAGGGGCAAGAUGUUGGUAAAAUGCCUUUUUAUCCAGUUCGACUCCAGUGUUUAGAAAAUGAAAUCAUCAAACCAAGGCACGCAGCAAUAGAACACGGUCUUAUAAAUAAGACAACAGAACCAUUUAGUGUGAGGAAAAAAGACUUUUGGCAUAUUACGCAGGCAGCUAGCUUAUUGGGUGAAAAAUUCGCAAAGACGUUGUCGCAUGAACCUGAUGGUUUGAUCUUCCAGCCUUCAAAAGAGCCUUAUGUAGCAGGUAGUUGUGAUUCCGUGUUAAAAUGGAAACCUUUGGAUCUGAACUCAGUCGACUUUAGGUUGAAAAUCGCCAAAGAAAGCGGUGUAGGUAUUGUGACCAAAACAGUGGGGCUCCUGUAUGUAGGACAACUAGAUCAACCUUACGGGAGGAUGAAAUACACAAAAGCCUUGAAGGAUCUCGAUAAUAAGAUUAUAGAAUGUAAAUAUGAGGAUAAUCAAUGGAAAUUUAUGAGAGAGCGGACGGACAAAUCAUUUCCGAACAGCUUUGAUACUGCUAAAGCUGUUUAUGCAAGCAUACAACAACCAAUAACAAAAGACAAGUUGUUAGACUAUAUAGAACGGUACAGGUUCAAUGACGAUAGCGAAAUGAUGCCACCACCUACUAAAAUGAUAAGAAGAUGAUCAUCAUAGACAAUUGAUAUUUUAAUUUAAUUCAUUACUUAUUUUUAUAUUCCUUAAGAGAAUACCUAUUUUAGGAAAUUAUUUAUUACAGCCGUUGGUGAUAUGUUUUUUUUUUAUUAUUUGAAGUGUAAUUUUAUGUUAAUACAUUUUUCAUCUUUA